GUAUGUUAAUUCCACAUCAAACGAUCUCCAGUACUGGGGCUUGGACUACCCUCCAUUGACGGCAUAUCACAGCUGGUUAUGUGGCUAUAUGUAAGUUAAAGGCACAGUUCAAUUUGUCACGUUCUAUUAAACUGUAGAAAUAAUCUAGUCCGCUCUUACAGUUUUAAUUUAUUAUUUAGUGCAAAUAAAAUCAACCCUGAUUGGGUGAACCUAAAUGCGUCAAGAGGAUUUGAAAGUUCAGAACAUAAACUUUUUAUGAGAUGUACAGGUAACUCAAUGUUUAGUAGAUUCAUUUUUACUAAAAUAUACAAGGCUUCAAGCAUCCAAAAUAUUAGAAAACAUUGUGAGUACUAUAUAUAGUAUUAUAUGCCAUAAAUACCAGCCUGGGUCAAACAGUGUUUAACUGUGGCAUGCUCACCCGCGGGUAUAUGUAGGUACAGUAUAAUCAUGAUAAUCUUUCAGGUUAGGCUGCAUGCAUGCAUGCAUGCAUGGAAGAAACGAAGAUUUGUGUAACUACACCUUUAGUAAGCCAAAUUUAGGGGUCGCCUGGGAGGCCUGACUGGUUUACCAAGUACCUCAUGAAAAUCGAUCAAAAUAGAGCAACACGACUGUAAUACUUUAUACCAAAAAUUCGCAAAAUCUAAAUAUAUACCAACUACUCAUAAUUUCAAUUCAAUAUAAAUACACCAUAAAUAUAUACCUGAGUUAAAAAGACAUUACCGUAUACCCCAAACCCCCGGCCGACCCCCCCAAUUUCUGCUAUAAACCUCAUACCAGUACUCCGCUUUUUUACAUUUUAAUUUUUUUAGUAUUUUUUUCCGUUCGUACUGACCAUCAAAUUCGUCGUAAUAUUGAAUAACUGCAUAUUGAAAAGUAUACAAAUAAUUAACAUAACAGUCUGCAUGCAUGGUUAUGCAUUUGCCUAUAGGAAUCUAUCUUAUAAUAUAAUUUCAUUUGUACAUGUACAUUUCUUUUUAUUUUAGUUCUUGUUGCAGAUGUGUUGAUAUAUUUUCCUGCGAUUUAUUUAUUUUGUUCUCUUUUUUAUCAAAAACACUCACAAAUCUCUCAG